CUCAGAGCCACUCAGGUGCUGCUGCAGUUGGUGCGACCUCCACCGACGUUUCCAGGCUUGGCAGGAACCGCCUGCACAGGAAGCAAGUGAAGAAAAAGAUGCAUGAACGGACCAGCAUCAUGUGUAAUCACAGCAACAGAGAACUCCAGUAUGAGGGACCGUAAACGACACUGCUGGACUGAGGUGCUGGAUGUUCUCUGUCCACAUGAAGGACUUCAGCAAUCAUUCUCACUGCGAGACGGAUUCAAGGAAGUCUGGAAAACCAACAGGGGGCGUCUCCACCCUGCACACCCUCCUCCUCCUCCUCCUCCUCCUCCUCCACCACCCCCCCUCCAGUGCGGUGGAAGAAGGAGGUAUUGGGGAUCUCCUCCUAGACAACAAACCCACAUUCAAUGAGGGGCGCACGGAUUACGUCACGCUCCGUGAGCGGGAUAUAACGGAGGUGGCGGGUUGCGCUCGGAGCUUUUCCUUGGAGGAGACAACGGGAGCAUCAUGCCGAGCCCGCGGAGAGAUCUGAGCUCUGUAGCGCAGCUUGUCACGAAAAAAUAGUUCACACUGAUGAACUCUUUCAUUUCUGUCGCGGAUUUUCAUCAUGGGAAGACUUUAGGGGAGGCUGAAGACGCAGGUUUGGAUACGGCUCACGCGUAAUUGCGCACAAGCAAGUGGCCCUAGCAGCUCCCUCCUGUGCGCGCUUGUCUCCCCGCCAUCGGACAUGGAUCAGUCCCAGCAGUGUUUAGCCAUGUAUCUGCUGGUGCUCUCCCUCGGACUCCUGAUGGACAGCGGGAUUUGUCAGCACUACUACCUUCUCCGCCCCAUCCCGAGUGACAGCUUGCCGCUUGUGGAAUUAAAAGAGGACCCGGACCCCGUCUUCGACCCCAAGGAGCGGGACCUUAACGAGACCGAGCUCAAGAGCGUCCUGGGGGACUUUGACAGCCGCUUUUUGUCCGUUUCACCGCCCGUGGAGGACAAAUUCACCGGGAACGACGAGCUCGACGACCUUGAGAUCCAAAAGCCCGGUGGAGUACUGCCGAAGGAAAUCCGAGCGGUGGACUUCGACGUUCAGUUCGGCAAGAAGCACAAGCCCAGUAAGAAACUGAAGCGGCGGCUGCAGCAGUGGCUGUGGGCGUACUCGUUCUGCCCGGUCGUGUACACGUGGACCGACCUGGGCAACAGGUUCUGGCCUCGAUUCGUGCGGGUGGGCAGCUGCCUCAGCAAGAGGUCGUGUUCGGUCCCGGAGGGGAUGGUGUGUAAACCGGCGAACUCGACCCACCUGACGAUACUGAGAUGGAGAUGCGUGCAGAGGAAAGGCGGACUGAAAUGCGCGUGGAUACCGGUGCAGUACCCGAUCAUCACAGACUGCAAAUGCUCCUGUUCGAGUUAAAAAACGACAACAGAAGAAGAAAUCAAAGACUCUGAGAGUAAAUUAUAAGCUCAUUAUUUUUGUGAUUCUUUUCUCACGUGCACUACCGAGUGUAGGAAUGUAUUUUCUGUAUAUGCGGUGCCAUGCAGUUAUAUAUAUCUCACUGUACAAAGUCAGUAUUAUUUGUAACCAGAGUCUACUUUAUUUGAGGAGAAUAUCGGUUCUAUAUUUUGUAUUUAUGGAGACUUGGCGCAUAGAGCCACGUCAGGACUCGCUGUUUUCCAUAUUUGGAUGAAGCAGAUCGACCUCAGAGUUGGAUUAUUGAUACAGCCAUAACUUGUUUUAUCCUGUAAAUUAAGGAAAUGUGCUAUUUAUUCUUUAUAUUCGUACAAUAAAACGACACUGAAAUGAUU